AUGGGGUACAUUUCUGUAUCCAUGGUUGCAUUCCUCGUCGUUUUUGCCUUACCGGUAGUUCUAGCCGACGAAGUAACUCCAAUUCCCGCGGAAAAAGCCCAAGUCGAAGCAUGGUUCAAGACCCACGUUAAACCCUUUUCCAACAGACGAGGUAAAGGCAUACUUGAUCCCGCCGUCGAAGCCGCUGAAGCAUCACCCCGUAUCAUCACCGUGAAUCAAAAAGGAGGUGGCGAUUUUAAGACAAUAAACGAAGCGGUCAAGAGCAUUCCGACAGGAAACACGAAGCGUGUGAUCAUCAAAUUGGAGCCUGGUGUAUACCAUGAGAAGGUCACAAUCGAUAUAGGUCGACCAUUCGUUACAUUGCUUGGUAAACCUGGUGCAGAAACCAACUUGACCUACGACGGUACCUCCGCUAAAUACGGUACCGUAGAGAGUGCAACUCUUAUCGUCUGGGCCACAAACUUUGUAGCAGCCAACCUAAACAUCAUAAAUACCAAUCCGAUGCCGAAAGCAGGUACACAAGGACAAGCUCUAGCUAUGAGGAUCAACGGCGAUAAAGCUGCUUUCUACAGGUGUAGAUUCUAUGGUUUUCAAGACACUCUUUGCGACGAUAGAGGCAACCAUUUCUUUAAGGGUUGUUACAUCGAAGGAACCUAUGAUUUUAUUUUCGGAAGAGGAGCUUCCUUGUACUUGAACACGCAUUUGCAUGCUGUUGGAGAUGGGUUGAGAGUCAUCACGGCACACAAUCGACAGAGUAAUAAUGAGCAGAACGGGUAUGCUUUCGUGCAUUGCAAGGUUACUGGAGUUGGAACCGGGAUAUACUUGGGCCGGUCAUGGAUGAGCCACCCUAAGGUUAUCUAUGCUUACACUGAAAUGUCCAGUGUCGUCAACCCAUCUGGAUGGGCAGAGAACAGGCAGCGCGCGCACGACAAGACGGUGUUCUAUGGUGAAUACCAAUGCAAGGGACCAGGAUCAAACAAGGAGAAGAGAGUGGCUCACACACAAGACAUUGACAACAAAGAAGCUCAGCAGUUCCUUUCCCUCGGCUACAUCAAAGGCUCUUCGUGGCUCCUCCCUCCUCCCGCUUUCUAA